AUGGCAGAUCCUUUGUCCCCGUAUCCUUUUCCGAGCAAUGUCCAUGUCUUGAGCUCCGUCACGCUCAAGUUGUCCGAUUCUAACUACUUGCUCUGGAAAACGCAGUUUGAAUCGUUGCUCUCUAGCCAGAAGCUUGUCGGCUCCGUCAAUAGCACAAUCGCUGCUCCUCCGUCGACUCAAACCGUUGUUGUUGGUGGUGUCCCCACUGUCGAGCCAAACCCGUUGUUUGAUGCUUGGUUCUGUACGGACCAACUUGUCCGGUCGUGGCUAUUUGGUACUCUGUCCGAAGAGGUCCUUGGUGUGGUUCAUAAUCUCUCUACGUCCCGAGAGAUCUGGUUGUCUCUGGCUGAACACUUCAAUCAGAGUUCCUUGGCGCAUCAGUUUGCUCUCAAACGCCAGCUGCGGUUUCUGACCAAGAAAGGCAAGACCUUGACUGCUUAUUGCCGAGAACUGAAGAACAUCUGUGAUGCUCUCGCAUCUAUUGGUAAACCAGUCGAUGAAGAAAUGAAGAUUUUUGGGUUCUUGAAUGGGUUAGGCAAAGAGUAUGAUUCUGUCUCUUCUGGCAUCCAGCGGGAUCUCUCGAAGCCUCAUCCACCUUCGUUCAACGAUGUUGUCACCGAGAUUCAAGCUUAUGACUUGAAGCUCCAAGCAUAUGAAGCCGAUGAAGCCGCAAACACUCAUCUUGCCUUCAAUAAAGAGCAGACAGAUUACAAUAAGAGCUACAAGUCCGGAUCUCAGACUUUCAACUCUGGUCAGAGAGGUGGAAGAGGUUUUGGUCCGAACAGAGGACGUGGUGGUUUCUCAUCUCGUGGUCGUGGAUUUCCACAACACCAGUCUCAGUCUACCGGAACCGGAGAGCGCCCUGUCUGUCAGAUCUGUGGUAGAGUUGGUCACACUGCGAUCAAGUGCUACAACCGAUUUGACAACAACUAUCAGGCCCAAGACACUCCUCAGGCGUUCUCUGCACUUCAGGUUUCUGACACCACGGGAAAGGAAUGGUAUCCUGAUUCCGGUGCGUCUGCUCAUGUGACAUCAUCUACCGAGAAUCUCCAAACAUCCACACUGUAUGAAGGUAAUGAUAUGAUUCUUGUGGCUGAUGGAACCUAUCUCCCGAUUACUCACGUUGGCUCUGCCAACAUCACAUCAGCUACAGGUACUCUCUCACUGAAUGAUGUAUUAGUAUGUCCAGAAAUACAUAAAUCUCUGCUCUCUAUGUCCAAGUUAUGUGAUGACUUACCCUGCGGUGUGUGGUUUGAUUCUCAUAAGAUCUAUGUUGUUGAUAUAAAUACUCAGAAGGUGGUAGCAAGAGGUCCUCGGGUUAAGGGACUCUACACGUUGGAGGAUCAGAAGUUUGCAGCUCUCUACUCAAACCGGCAGUGUUCAGCAUCUGAAGACACUUGGCACCAUCGCUUAGGACACUCAAACUUCAAAGUCCUCCAACGCCUUCAAACCAGCAAGGAAAUCGUUUUGAAUAAGAGCAGAACCAUCCUCAUUUGUGAGCCUUGCCAGAUGGGGAAAAGUAGUAGAUUACAGUUUUUAUCUUCUUCGUCUAGAGUGUUAGCUCCAUUAGAUCGUAUCCACUGUGAUCUAUGGGGACCUUCUCCGGUUGUAUCCACUUUGGAAUUCAAAUAUUACGCUGUCUUUAUUGAUGACUUCUCUCGUUUCUCUUGGUUUUAUCCACUGCGAGCCAAGUCUGAGUUUUACUCGGUGUUUGUUGCGUUUCAAAAAUUGGUGGAAACGCAAUUUGGGUCUAAAAUUAAAGUUUUCCAAAGUGAUGGAGGAGGUGAAUUUAUAAACAAACGAUUACAACAACAUUUGGUUGAGUGUGGUAUCAAACAUUUAGUGUCAUACCCUUAUACACCUCAGCAGAAUGGGUUAGCAGAGAGGAAACAUCGCCAUGUCGUUGAAUUGGGUCUAUCAAUGCUCUUCCAUAGUAACACUCCUCUGUCUUACUGGGUUGAAGCUUUCUUCUGUGCCAACUUCAUCUUAAUCUGCUUCCAAUGCCGGUGUUAG